AAACUGAAGAAGUUUUUAAAGUGAAGAAAUCAAGUUACAGCAAAAAGAUUGUAAAACAAUUGAAGAAAGAAUACAAGGAAGAUCUUGAAAAAUCAAAAGUUAGAACAGAGGUCAAUUCUCCAACAGAUGUCGAACCACCACUAGAAAAGACAGGACAGAUUAAGGAUAUAGGUCAAGAAGAUGGGACUGCAAACAGUGAGCAUGGUGAAGAAGAAAUGGAAGUUGAAAGUGAGAAGGAAGAAGAAAAACCAAAAGCUGGUGGGGCUUUUUCAAGUGCUCUGUCAUCACUGAAUGUUCUCCGCCCAGGAGAAAUUCCAGAUGCUGCUUUUAUUCACGCCGCUAGGAAAAAGCGUCAAAUGGCUCGUGAACUUGGAGACUUUACUCCCGUUGACAGUGAACCAGGUAAAGGCCGCCUUGUUCGAGAAGAUGAAAAUGAUGCCAGUGAUGAUGAAGAUGAUGACGAGAAGAGGAGGAUAGUUUUUACAGUGAAGGAAAAAUCCCAAAGGCAAAAGAUUGCUGAGGAAAUAGGUAUUGAGGGAAGUGAUGAUGAAGCACUGGUGGCAGGGGAACAAGAUGAAGAACUCAGUAGAUGGGAGCAAGAACAGAUACGGAAAGGAAUCAACAUACCUCAGGUUCAACCAAGUCAGCCUGCUGAAGUGAAUAAUCUGUACUACCAGAACACUUACCAGACACUGUCUUACGGUUCAUCAUAUGGCAUUCCAUACACCUAUGCUGCGUAUGGAUCAUCGGAAACCAAGUCUCAAAAAACAGAUAAUACAGUUCCUUUCAAAACUCCCAGUAAUGAGAUGACUCCUGUUACUAUUGAUUUGGUAAAGAAACAGCUUAAAGACAGGUUGGACUCUAUGAAAGAAUUGCACAAAGCUAAUCGACAGCAAUAUGAGAAACAUCAGCAAAGCCGAGAGGACUCUACCAAGGCAAUUGAAAGAUUAGAAGGGUCUUCUGGGGGUAUUGGUGAACAGUAUAAGUUUUUGCAAGAAAUGCGAGGGUAUGUCCAAGACUUGCUUGAGUGUUUCAGUGAAAAGGUGCCUCUGAUUAACGAACUUGAAUCCGCAAUGCACCAGCUGUACAAACAGCGAGCUUCCCGCCUUGUCCAAAGACGACAAGAUGAUAUUAAAGAUGAAUCUUCGGAGUUUUCAAGCCAUUCAAACAAAGCACUGAUGGCACCAAAUCUUGAAUCUUUUGGACGAGACAGAGUGAUCUAUCAAGAACAAGUAAAGCGUCGGACUGCAGAAAGAGAGGCUAGAAGAGCUCGUCGUAGACAAGCAAGAGAGCAAACUGGGAAGAUGGCAGAUCACCUUGAAGGCCUUUCCAGUGAUGAUGAGGAAACUUCAACGGAUAUUACAAACUUCAACAUGGAGCGAGAUCGUAUAUUGAAAGAAUCCAGCAAAGUUUUUGAAGACGUUUUGGAAAGCUUUUGCUCAAUUGAUUGUAUUAAGUCACAGUUCGAAGCUUGGCGCUCAAAGUACUUUGCCUCUUACAAGGAUGCUUAUAUUGGCCUCUGUUUACCAAAGCUGUUUAACCCUUUAAUCAGACUUCAGCUGCUUAUCUGGACUCCUUUGGAGGGCAAGUGUCGAGAUUUUGAAACUAUGUUGUGGUUUGAAUCAUUGCUAUUUUAUGGCUGUGAAGAACAGGAGCAAGUGAAAGAUGAUGCUGAUAUUUCAUUAUUGCCUACAAUUGUGGAGAGAGUUGUUCUUCCUAAAUUAACAGUGAUUUCUGAAAAUAUAUGGGAUCCCUUUUCUACAACACAAACUUCUAGAAUGGUAGCAAUUGUACAGAAACUAGUAGAUGGAUAUCCUUCGGUGGUGAAUGCAGAAAACAAAAAUACACAAAUGCUUUUAAAGGCAUUGUUGCUAAGAAUGAGGAGAACACUAGAUGAUGAUGUAUUCAUGCCCUUAUAUCCAAAAAACAUCUUAGAAAACAAGAACUCUGGUCCAUAUUUGUUCUUCCAACGUCAGUUUUGGUCCUCUGUUAAGUUAUUAGGAAACUUUCUCCAGUGGUAUGGAAUCCUUUCAAACAAAACUCUCCAGGAGCUGUCAAUAGAUGGUCUGCUAAAUAGAUAUAUUCUUAUGGCUUUUCAAAACUCUGAGUAUGGAGAGGACAGCAUUAAGAAAGCUCAAAGUGUAAUUGCUUGCUUUCCUAAACAGUGGUUUGCUAAUCUAAAAGGAGACAAGACUAUUUCUCAGCUAGAAAACUUCUGUAGAUACCUUGUUCAUCUGGCUGAUACAAUUUAUAGAAACAGCAUUGGUUGCUCUGAUGUAGAGAAAAGAAAUGCAAGGGAGCACAUAAAGCAGAUCAUAAAGCUUCUAGCAAGUAUCCGAGCACUGGAUCAUGCUGUGGCAGUUGCGAAUGAUCACAAUGUAAAAGAGUUAAAGAUUUUAAUAGAAGGAAAAUAGACUUUUCUGACAACUCAUUUUGAGCUUUAAAACCAUUCCUGAUGUGUAAUUUAUGUACAUAUGUAAAGUUUCUUAAACUGUAAAGUAUUGAUCUUUGUUUUAAUACAAAGUGCAUUCUUAUAUACAGCAUCCUUAAAAAAAAAAAUUAUUUGAAAACAAAAAUGAAAUCCCAAGAUUGUCAUCUUUCCAGAAAUCAGAUUUUCCUUGAAGUUUCUCAAAAUCUUGUUUACAAAAAAUACUUUGUACUCAUGAUUAGUAGUCAUCUACUCCUGCUAAUAGUUCCAUGAUUAACUGGAAUGUGUAUAAUAUAUUAUGUGUAAUACGAUGUAUGCAUAUAUUUAUACCACCACGUUGCUUUCACACUGGAUAUAGAAAUCUUGUACUGUUGGAAUAAGCUUUUCAUUUGCUAAAAAAUACUUAUUUUGACAAUAAAAUGAUCAUAUUAUUGGUCAAAAGGGCUGGCAAAACGUUCAAGUAUGUGAAAAUCAUUUGAGCUAAAGAGUAGAGACACUUUCAGCUGAAACCUGACCUUUAAAAAGCAGCUGUGC